GCUCGGAACCCGGUGUGCCCGUGUUUGAGGAACGCAGCGCGGUGUUUUCCCCCGGAGCUGUUGGGCCCGUGGGGAAUUGGCAGCUCCCGGCCCCGUUGGCCCGUGGGCUCUCCGUGUUCAGGGCUGGAGCUGCCGGCUCAGCCUCGGCCCGUGCCGUGAGUGGAUUCUCUUGGCAACGCGUUUCUCACACACGUCACAUCUUGGUUCAAAACCUUACUGCAAAUGCCCGUCAUACAGCUUUGCUGAAAGGUUAAAAUAUCUCUGUAGCAUUGCCUGACACUGAUGAUACCUUUUUUCUCUCUCUUUUUCUUUUUUUCCUUUUUUUUUUUUCCCCUUAAAAUUGCCUAAAGCAGUGGAAAUACUUGAAAGCUUCCUACUAAUAACAGGCCCUUUCGAUGUGGUCCUUAUUGCCUGACAUAAAGAGAAUUACCUUUAUCACUGGCUGUCUUAAAGCUAUUGUAGAUCUAUCAGUGUGAUUUUAUUUAUUUAUUUACUUUUGGUUUUGCAUUUCAUUCUGUUUGGCCAGUGAUCCUUGGCUAGUCAAGCUUUUAUUUUUUUGUUUUAAUUUAUUGCUGUCUCUAGUCAGUGUCCCAUUUUGGUUUGGUUGUGUGAAGGUGGUGCUGGUGUUUGGUUUGUAAUCUUGUAAGGCAGCGUGCAGGGAGGGUCAUAAAUCUGCAGCAGGGUUUGGUGGCUUUUUUUUUUUCCUUCUUUUUUUUUUUGUGUGUGUGUGUCUUGUUUUACUUUCAGAGCAAUUACUUAACUUUUGUCCUUGCUCUGUUGAGCAAAAGUGAAAGUUAGAUGCUGGGUGCAAACUUUUGCAAUCAGUUACCCUUUUUAACCUUUCAUAGCUGUAGAUUCCUCAUGCAGAGGAGGCUUGGUGAAAAGUCAGUCACCUCCAAAAAAUAAAUCGGGAGCGACUGAAGCUUUCUCUUCUCUGAGUUAAACAACUUAAUUAUAACAGAAACGUUUGCUCCUGCAGUCACCUCCAGGAAAAGGCAGUUAAUUCAAAUCUGUUCCUGGCUGCAGCUGGGACCUCCUGUGCUCUCCAGGCUGGAUGGGGAGCAUGACAGCCUCCUGUUAUUCCUGCAGAUGCUCACGGAAGACACUGAGGGAGAGGAGCAGGAGCGUUCUCGAUAGUCCUGCCUCGGCACCAGACCAGUCUAGGUUUGAAUUGUUGCCACCUUGAGCACGCCGGGCUGUGUUUGAAAUCUUAACGAAAAGAUGUAAUUUCACUUUCCCACCUGGCCCGUGGCAGCAGGUGCAGGUUGAUGGAGGAGCUUCUGGAACGUUCCAGCACUGACCCCCCGUUAAUGGCGGGGUCUGGGCAGGCCAGCCCCUAGGGGGGGAAAAAAAAAAACAAAAACAAAACAACAAAAAAACAAACCAGCUGGGUUCCUGUGCCUAAGUUUUAGUUCUGUGGGUUUUUCCCCCUUCCCCAGAACCUUUGCUCUUGAAGAUGGUGAGUAGCCAGCCUAAGUACGAUCUAAUUCGGGAGGUUGGUCGUGGCAGUUAUGGUGUGGUGUACGAAGCGCUCGUCAGGAGGACCUGUGCCCGCGUGGCCGUGAAAAAGAUCCGGUGCCACGCUCCCGAGAACGUGGAACUGGCUCUGCGUGAGUUCUGGGCCCUUAGCAGUAUCAAGAGCCAGCACCCCAACGUCAUUCACCUGGAGGAGUGCAUCUUGCAGAAAGAUGGCAUGGUGCAGAAGAUGUCCCAUGGCUCCGGCUCCUCCCUGUAUCUGCAGCUCGUAGAAACCUCAUUAAAAGGAGAAAUAGCCUUUGACCCCAAAAGUGCUUAUUACCUGUGGUUUGUGAUGGAUUUCUGUGACGGGGGAGACAUGAACGAGUACCUGCUGUCCCGCAAGCCCAGCCGCAGGACCAACACCAGCUUCAUGCUGCAGCUCAGCAGCGCCCUGGCCUUCCUGCACAAAAACCAGAUCAUCCACAGGGACCUCAAACCCGACAACAUCCUCAUCUCCCAGGGCCGGGCAGACACCAGCGACCCCGAGCCCACCCUCAAGGUGGCGGAUUUUGGGCUGAGCAAGGUGUGCUCGGCCUCGGGGCACAACCCCGAGGAGCCCGUCAACGUCAACAAGUGUUUCCUGUCCACCGCCUGCGGCACCGAUUUCUACAUGGCCCCCGAGGUGUGGGAGGGACACUACACGGCCAAGGCUGACAUCUUCGCCCUGGGCAUCAUCAUCUGGGCCAUGCUGGAGAGGAUCACCUUCAUCGACACCGAGACCAAGAAGGAGCUGCUGGGCAGUUACGUGAGGCAGGGCACGGCCAUCGUGCCCGUGGGCGAGGCGCUGCUGGAGAACCCCAAGAUGGAGCUGCUCAUCCCCGUCAAGAAGAAAUCCAUGAACGGCCGCAUGAAGCAGCUGCUCAAGGAGAUGCUGGCGGCCAACCCUCAGGACAGGCCGGACGCCUUCGAGCUGGAGCUCAGGCUGGUCAACAUCGCCUUCAAGGACAGCAGCUGGGACACGUGAGGGGGCUGCGCU